CAACAAAUACAUAACGCCAAGUUAUUCCGCAACGAUGUCGCGUAGAAACCAAUGGGGAACCAGAAACAUGCAGACUUCCACCAUUAUCGUUCUGGCUUGCCUCGUAGCUGCUGUUGCGGCGAGCGUGCAUUACGAAUAUUACCCGGCAGAGGAAGUGCAAAAUAUUCAGGAUGUUCACGAGUCGCUGAUCGACACACCAGAACAUGAGAGAAGCGCGAGAACGAAGAGGAGUUUACUACUUCUUAAGAAGAAACUUCUCCUUGGUGCUUUAGGUUUGAAAGCAGCGAAGGUUGGCGCUGUAGGUGCCGGGGUUGUCGGUGCGAUAGCCCUCAAGAAACAUCAGUCAGUACCAACAAAAAUCACAGUACAAUCUGACCGUCACCCGCCAUCUAAAUACGUCGAAAUUCAUAGUUGGUCCGGAUAAGCUGCUCAGGAUUUCUGUUAAAGCAUCAUGUGCUGUAAGAAAUCAAAGAAGAAGUUUUGUCUCAUAAUGUUAAGUAUUUUAGUAUAGGUAAAUCAAAGCUAGAACCAAUGGAUAAUCUAUGAUUAAUUCUGUGUAAGAUGUAUUGUUUUCAAAAAUAUUCAAUUUAAAUGCCAUAUACAGAAAUAAAUGAGAUGAACACAAAUAAACAAAGGCAGUGUCACUCUCCAAGGCUGAACAGUAUCAUCAAAUUUAAGGGGCUCUUAAUUUUUAUUUGACAUGAUUUUGACAUUUUGCCAAUACGAUGAACGAAAAAAUAAAUUACCUUUAUAUUGAAGAUGGCCUUAAAUAAUUGACUUAAAAAAUUGGGUAGUAAGAUAACAAAAUAAAAAAAUUGACUACUCAUGUAGUUUAUAGGCUCGAUAUAUUUUAUGAAAGCUUUGUGGUAUUUUUUAUAUUCAUUUAAAUUUUAAGGCCGGUUUAUGUAAAUUUGUGAUGUUAAUAGACUGGGUUACGAAAAUGUAGGAAUGUUGGUUUGGGAGUAAUACUCUAUAAGUACCUAAGUCCGUUAUGUUGUCAGUUGCAAAGUUAUCCAAGGACUGCUCUAAUUAUUGAAAUCUGAUUUGACUGAAAACAAGCAACGUUGUAUUCUUUAGAAUUUCUGUAGCAAAUAAAGUUUCGCUCUGCCUUUGUUUACUUACUGAUUUUGGUAAUUCUUCGAACCUUGGUUGAAUUCAAAUACAUCUACAAAAUGUAGA